CCAACUUUUGUCGUAAAAAAACGGUUCGUACGGUUUUGUGACUGAUUCUGGCCGGAAGUGGAAUGUUCUCGGGAUUCUGCUAGUGCUGAUUUUUGGUUGCCACCAUCGCUGUUUUUUGACGAGAACUUGCAGAGAUGGAGCAGCUGCAAUUUCAUUUCACGGAGCUGGAGAAACAGUCCACGCUGUUCAACUCGAUGCGGUUCAUGAUUGGGGACAUAACACUGCCGGAUACGCCAAUUGCAAGAAAAACAAAAUUUGCAAGCACGCGUGGCUGACCGAUCAUAAGCUGAGAAUGUCCGAAGGGAACACUUAGACGUCGAGACGCCUCAAGAACGGCGCUUGUGUUCGACCUUGUGCUAACGACCCACGUGACGGUAAACAUGCGGAUCUCGCGACGUGCCUCAGACGUCUGCGCCAUUCCCACGCAGUCACGGCCAUGCUCAUUCAUCGUGAAGGACGAUUUCAUCCAACCUCCGUCGGGUUGUGUGACGCCCACAAAUGGACCUGCACCGCCGAUCUGCUGAAGUCGAUCGCAGCGGUACGAAGUUCUAGCGUCAGCGAAGAGUGGACCACGGCGUGGGUGUUACAUUUUCCGCACGAAAUCCACAUUUCGGGAACGCUUUCUUCGCGCCAGAAGCUAAUACCACCGAUCCGAUCAAGCGAGAAUUCGUACAUUGACGACGACUUUAGCCAGGGCCAGCUGCAGCAGCUGUUGGCCGAUCACGCAAACUUUUUAGAUAAAGCCGAUCACAGCAUCUACCCGGAGCAGACGAUUUACGAUACGAAAGAAGAUACGCAAGAAGGCAGCAAAGGGGACCAAGAAACCACUCUUUGGUGGUCCGGAACGUGCUGGCUACGACGGUCUCUAGGUCAACUAUUGUACGGGUGGUUCUGCAGGAAGUUCCGGGAGUUGAUACGAUGCUGAAGAAUAUUGAGAACGCAAUUGAAGAACCUCGUGAAGAUCAUGGACAAUUAGAGGUUGAGGAGCUUAUUGAUUCGCUACCCCGGCGAGGGUUCCGAAGUUUGGCCCCGUCGGGGAAUCAGCAAUUCGACCGGCACCGAGUGUGGGUGCUGGCCGUGUACAAAAAGCAGUGGAUAAAGUGCCACUUGAAGUAGGGAGCGCUGAGGGUCGUGAGAUGAAACGUAUUCCCCCCACCUCCAUGUGAACAA